AGAGGGAAGCGAGAGAAGAAACAAAAGAAAGUGAAGAGACGGUAUACAAGCUGAACAGAACAGAUUAUAACUUUUUACGCGCGGGACUACAUUCGUUUAAAGCAGGAUUUAUUUUAAAGACAUAAAAGAGGGCAUUUGAGCGAUAUGACAACAUAAGGCAACCAAAAAUAUUUGGAAACUUUUUUUUUCUGGCGCUUGCUGCGAGAGUAACACUUUUUUUCUGUCUUUUUUUAUUUUAUUGGAUUUUAUUUUUAUGUUUUGACAAAAAAAAAGCCAAAAAGCCACAGCGUUGGGUACGAUUAGUUAGUAGUCACAGAGGAAAAACCAAAGUAUUGCAUUUUGGGAGAUCGUUGUGUUACUGAGUGGCCAAAUGGUGCCCCGACUCGAGAUCUCCAGACAGCUUAUUUUGCUCGCGCUGGUAUGUGGGCUCUGCACGAGGGGAGCGACUCAGGACGUAAAGGCGCAGGCGUGGCUGCAGCAGUAUGGGUACCUCCCUCCAGGUGAUGUCAGAGCUCAGGCCCUGCGCUCCCCCCAGUCCAUUUCCACGGCGAUCGCCGCCAUGCAGAGGUUCUACGGCCUGCGAGUCACCGGUUCCAUCAACCCCCAGACCAUAGAGGCAAUGCAGCGGCCAAGGUGUGGCGUCCCGGACAAGUUUGGCACAGAACUGAAGAGCAAUCUGCGGAGGAAACGCUACGUCGUCCAGGGACUGAAGUGGGACAAAAUGGAGGUCACUUUCAGCAUACAGAACUACACGCCUAAGGUUGGGGAGUAUAAGACGUUCCAGGCUAUCCGCCGGGCGUUUGGGGUGUGGGAGGGCGUGACCCCGCUGCGUUUCCGCGAGGUGCCGUACCACCGCAUUCGGGACAAGCUGGAGGGCUUCGCCGACAUCAUGCUGUUCUUCGGCGAGGGUUUCCACGGCGACAGCACUCCCUUCGAUGGCGAGGGGGGCUUCCUGGCCCACGCGUACUUCCCAGGACAGGGCAUAGGGGGCGACACUCACUUUGACGCAGCAGAACCCUGGACCUCCAGCAGCACAGACCAGGGGGGUAACGACGUGUUCCUGGUGGCGGUGCACGAGCUGGGCCACGCCCUGGGCCUGGAACAUUCCGGCGACCCGUCAGCCAUCAUGGCUCCGUUCUACCAGUGGAUCGACACGGAGAACUUCGUCCUGCCCAACGAUGACCGCCGCGGCAUCCAGCAGAUCUAUGGAGCGAGUUCUGGGGGUCGCCCAGAUCCACCCCCACCCCCCCGCCCAACGCGCCCCCCCCUCAAACCAGACCUGCCCCCUUCGGCUGGCCCCAGCAUCUGCGAGGGACACUUCGACACCAUCGCCAUUCUGAGGGGAGAGAUGUUUGUCUUCAAGGAGAAAUGGUUGUGGCGUGUGCGUGAUAACCGGGUGUUGGACGGGUACCCCAUGCCCAUCGGACACUUCUGGAGGGGUCUGCCCUCCUCCAUCAACACUGCCUAUGAAAGGGCUGAUGGGAAAUUUGUCUUCUUCAAGGGGGACAGGCACUGGGUGUUCACGGAGUCCAGCCUGGAGCAGGGGUACCCCAAACCGCUGACGGACCUGGGCAGGGGGCUGCCCCGAGACAGGCUGGACACAGCCCUCUACUACAACCCCACCGGCAUGACCUACUUCUUCAGAGGAAACAAGUAUUACAGGUUUAAUGAGAAGACUGGCUCUGUGGACCCGGAGUACCCCAAACCCAUCAGCGUGUGGCAGGGUGUCCCAGACAACAUCAGAGCUGCUGUCAUGAGCAAGGAUGGAGCGUAUACCUACUUCUACAAGGCCAAUAAGUACUGGAAGUUCAACAACCAGCAGCUGAAGGUGGAGCCUGGGUUCCCCAAAUCGGUACUCCGUGAUUGGAUGGGCUGCCCGGGGGAGGAGCCCAGGAGGGGCGGGACGGACGAGGAGGUGAUCAUCAUCGAGGUGGAAGAGGGCGGGGCGGGGGCGGGGCCAGCGGCCGUGGUGCUGCCACUCAUGCUGCUGGUGGGCGUGGUCGCCGCCCUGGGGGCGGUCCUGUUCUUCCGUCGCUAUGGCACCCCCCGACGCCUCCUCUACUGCCAGAGAUCACUACUGGACAAAGUGUGA